AUGGUAUCGUUCUCUCCUCACCGCAUCAAUGAAGCCGUGGCAAGAUCGUUCAUCGGUCGAUGGUUCAGGCUAGAUGGCAGUGGUCAUCCUCUAGCCAGACCCGGUUCAAAAUUUCUAACAGAACUUAGAGCCGGAACUGUUACAGCGGCGGCGAUGUUAUAUAUCAUCAGUGUCAACGCAUCCAUCCUGUCAGACUCAGGCGGACCAUGUGUGUGCGAAAGUACUGCAGAUGACCCUAUUUGCGUGAACAACACAGAUUACAACCUCUGUAAGAACGAAUUAUCUCGGGACUAUGUGACAGCGACUUCUGCAAUCUCUCUCAUCUCUACGUUUUUCAUGGGCUUCCUUGCAAAUAUGCCUCUAGGUCUUGCUCCUGGUCUUGGAGUCAACGCCUAUUUUGCUUAUAGUCAAGUCGGCUUCAACGGUACUGGUCCCAUCUCGUACCAUGAAGCUCUCGCUGCGGUAUUCCUCGAAGGAAUCAUCUUCUUCGCUCUCACUAUCUUCGGUUUACGACAAUGGGUUGUCCGUCUUAUUCCUCGGUCCAUCACCACAGCUAUAGGAUGUGGCAUCGGUCUUUUCCUCACAAUCAUCGGUCUCAGUUCCAGUGGAUUGAAUGUUAUUACUGGAGGUAUAUCGACUCCGUUACAGCUAGGAGGAUGCAGCUCGGAAUAUGCCGACUCUGUCACUGGUUUCUGCAACAGUCAUGUCCUUCAAGAUCCUAGAAUGUGGUUGGGUAUCUUUGUUGGAGGAGUACUUACUGCGUUCCUUCUCCUUUAUCGUGUCAAAGGUGCUCUGCUCUGGCCGAUCCUCCUUGUCUCUAUCAUCUCAUGGCCUCGUCCUACCUCUGUUACCGCUUUCCCUCACGACGUCUUGGGCGACAGCAACUUUGCUUUUUUCAAGAAUGUGGUAGCAGCUCGAGGUUUCAAGUUGUUAGGGCCUAAGAAUGUAGACUGGAGUGCGUACGCAAAUGGCAAGGUCUGGGUCGCAUUGAUAUCAUUCCUAUAUGUCGAUCUCCUUGACACUACCGGUACCAUGGUCGCCAUGUCUAAACAAGCUGGUUUAUACGACGCCCGGGACGGUGAUUUCGAAGGCAGUUCUGUUGCUUUCCUCGUCGACUCCUCCUGUAUCGCUGCGUCAGGCUUGUUCUUCGGUACAAGUCCUUGCACCCCUUUCGUCGAGUCUGCCAGUGGUAUUAGCGAGGGUGGUAAAACCGGUCUUACCGCAAUCACCACUGCGUUCUGGUUUUUCAUUUCAAUCUUCUUCGCCCCAAUUCUCAGUAACAUCCCUGCUUGGGCUACUGGAUCUGUGUUGAUCGUGGUUGGAGCUAUGAUGAUGGAGAACGCUGUCUCCAUCAACUGGGACUACAUUGGUGAUGCCAUUCCUGCUUUCAUCGUCAUCGCAGUGAUUCCAUUUACUUACAACGUCGCUUACGGAAUCAUCGCUGGUCUGAUCGUUUUCAUCCUUCUUCACAACGUUCCUAAACUUAUGGGCAAGCUUUCCCCACGAUUGUUGCCACCUGGAUGGCAUGACCUCAAAGAUCCUUACAACGCAACUGCUGGGCUUAAGCCGGCCAAUGGCACAGGCACUAUUACUCCCUUGGCACUUUUGCCUCCUUGGUUGAGAAAGCUUCUGAAGGGAGAAAGACGUUUCUGGGCAUACACCCCCGAAGAGAUGGACAGGAUAUUGGAAGGUCGAGCCAUGACUAAGGAUUCUGCUGAUGCGGCAGCCAGAAUGCGUCAAGAAGAGCGGGACGAAAUGCGGAAGAGAAUGGGCGACGAAGUUACGACUAAAGAAGUUCCUCACGAAUCGCCAUCGGACCAAGUCAACGCUUUGGAACAAGGCAUGAUGGCAAGCGGUUCUUAUGAGAUGGAGAGAAAGUAA